AUGGUUUGGAGAGCGGCGUGGUCCCAGCUUGACUCCGCGGGCUGGAGGGAGGGAGUGAGUCAGUGGCGCGGGGGCGGAGGCGGGGCUCUGACUCACGCAUUCUCAAUGCCGGGACCUGGCCGGCCCCCACGGUUUUCCAGGGAAGCCCUGAGCGGCAGCCGGGCCGGACGAAGCCUUCGCCUGCGCCGCAUCUUUAUUCUGCUCCCCAGGGACACAGUCUCCCUUCCCACGCUCCUGCCCCCAUGGGGCUGCGAGGUCCGGAGGCAAGGAGGCCGGGCAGGCGGCUGGCCCCUCCGCGGUGCAGCUGGGGAGAUGGAGGUGUUCCAGGCCCUGCAGCGGCUGCACAUGACCGUCUUCUCCCAGAGCAUCUCCCCCUGUGGGAAGUUCCUGGCGGCCGGCAACAACUACGGGCAGAUCGCCAUCUUCAGCUUGUCGGCCGCCUUGAGCUCAGAAGCCAAAGAGGAAAGUAAGAAGCCGGUGCUGACCUUCCAAGCUCACGAGGGGCCGGUCUACAGCAUGGUCUCCACCGAUCGCCAGCUGCUCAGUGCGGGGGAUGGGGAGGUGAAGGCCUGGCUCUGGGCAGAGAUCCUCAAGAAGGGCUGCAAGGAGCUGUGGCGUCGUCAACCCCCGUACAGGACCAGCCUGGAAGUGCCGGAGAUCAACGCGCUGCUGCUGGUGCCCAAGGAGAAUGCCCUCAUCCUGGCUGGAGGGGACUGUCAGCUGCACACCAUGGACCUGGAGACCGGGAGCUUCACUCGGGCCCUGCGGGGCCACACGGACUACGUCCACUGCCUGGCGCUGCGGGAACGGAGCCCCGAGGUGCUGUCUGGCGGCGAGGACGGGGCUGUGCGGCUUUGGGACCUGCGCACGGCCAAGGAGGUGCAGACGGUGGAGGUGUACAAGCACGAGGAGUGCGCGAGGCCCCACAAUGGGCGCUGGAUCGGAUGCUUGGCCACAGACUCAGACUGGAUGGUGUGCGGAGGGGGCCCAGCCCUCACCCUGUGGCACCUGCGGUCCUCCACGCCCACCACCGUCUUCCCCGUGCGGGCACCGCAGAAGCACGUGACCUUCUACCAGGACCUGAUUCUGUCCGCAGGCCAGGGCCGGUGCGUGAACCAGUGGCAGCUCAGCGGGGAGCUCAAGGCCCAGGUGCCUGGCUCUUCCCCAGGGCUGCUCAGCCUCAGCCUGAACCAGCAGCCAGCGGCCCCCGAGUGCAAGGUCCUGACCGCGGCCGGCAACAGCUGCCGGGUGGACGUCUUCACCAACCUGGGCUACCGGGCCUUCUCCCUGUCCUUUUGACGGCCGGACACCUGCACCCCCGCCCAGCGGCUUGCACCUUGUUCUGUUUUUUCACAAUA